AUGGCCUCCAGACUUGUCCUCGUCCUCGGUGACCUCUUCAUACCCGAUCGAGCACCCUUCAAGAAACUCCUCGCCCCGAACAAAAUCUCCCAAAUCCUCUGCCUGGGCAAUCUCACCGACAAAGAAACCUAUGACUACCUCCGCACCAUCGCCUCCGACGUCCAGAUCGUCAAAGGCGACUUCGACACUGAAGCCCCGAACCUCGCCCUCUCUAAAGUCGUCACCCACGGCUCCCUGCGAAUAGGCUUCACACAUGGCCACACGAUCAUCCCUCCGGGAGACGCAGACAGUUUGCUGAUCGCGGCAAGGCACAUGGAUGUUGAUGUCUUGCUCUGGGGAGGGACCCAUCGGUUUGAGGCCUAUGAAUUGGAAGGGAAGUUUUUUGUGAAUCCGGGGAGCGCAACGGGGGCAAUCGGUACGGGGUGGACCGGCCAGGAAGAGGAUGGAUUGAGUAACGUGCCGAGCUUUUGUUUGGUGGAUGUGCAGGGAGACGUUCUAGUGCUUUAUGUUUACCAGCUCAAGACAGAUGAGAAGGGCGUGGAGAAUGUGGGAGUGGAAAAGGUAUCGUUUAGGAAAAAUGGUGGAUUGGCCGCAUAA